CGAAUCAGAGCGGCUCAGACGGAGGCUGCGGAGAGGGGGAUCCCAUGGCAACCGACCUGCCGUACGGAACCAGCCGUACAGCCCCAGGCGCUCCUUCCGGACAGCAGCAGCUGCCGUACCCAUCCCUGCAUGCGCCCAACACGCAUUCACAACCCGGCAGCACCGUCGGCGGCCCCGGCAGCGGCGGCGGCGGCCCGUUUUCUGGGCUCAUAGCUGAUGACAACGCCGCCAUGCACGGACUGACGGCGGCGGUUGGCGGUUUGGAGCGCUGCAUGGGGGCGCUGCAUGCUGCCGUACUCGCGCAGGGUGGCCCUGGCGGGAGGGGAGGCAGGCCGGCGGAUUGGGACCAGUUGCAGGCUCACGCCCGGAAGCUGCUGGGCGACCUUUCCAGCGUUACCUCCCGCAUCCGAAACAUGAACGACCUGCUUCACGCGCUGCAGGGCCGCUAGCAGGAGGCGAACGUGCAGGGGUUGGGGACGUGCGUGCGUGUGUGCGUAUGCGUAUGCGUGAUGUUCUUUGUGCGUGGUGAGGGUGCCCUGACAUGCGUGCAGCGUGCUGCGAAGUGUUAGGGUUGCAGGAAUGAGCCGUAUAGAGUAGGCUGACUUUGUAAUGCGCGGUUGCACACGGGUUUCAGCGGAGAGUUACAGGAGUGUGAUGUAGGUGGAGAGUGAGAUGACGAGUUGACACGAAAUGCGUCCUUUGCAUCAACGACCCAUGGGUCAGCCAUUAACGGGCACAGUCGUCUGAGGGUUCAGUGCAUGCAGCGCAUUGAUAGUCCUGGGAACGAAUGAGCCAAACGGGGUCGCA